AAAUAUCAAAAUAAUAAAAAGACUGCACUUGGCUUUGCGGCAAUUAUUUAUUUAUUAUCAAAUAGUAUGUAAUUUUGUGUUGUACAUGGCUAAUCGCGAUGUAUUCUCUAAAAUCCUGCCAAACGUCAAGUUGGCAACACGCCUCGACGCGGAUGGCCGUGAAAUACAGGUGGAACGACGUGAGGACACAGAUGCGGCUGCCAAGGAGCUGGACACAUUUGAUAUGCUCGUCGCUGCCGGCUAUUACCGAGCACGUAUCAAGGGCUUAUCCGCCUUUGACAAGGUUGUGGGCGGCAUGACUUGGUGCAUCGAGUGCUGUGAUUACGACGUCGAUGUAGAUUUGCUCUUCCAUGAGAACUUGACGAUAGGACAGAAGAUUGCGCUGGUGGAGAAAAUUGUCGCUGUUCUAAUUGACAUGAAAUGCCCGCAUGAUCUGGAGCCACAUCAGGUGCAAGGUCUAGAGUUUCUUGCCAUACAUCCAGUAAUCCAAUGGCUUGUGAAAACAUCUGUAGCUAAUCGCGAGGAACGCGGACAGCGUUUAAAGAGAUUUGCCAUUGGACAGUUUCACAAUGAUUAUCAGUACAAAAGUGACAAGGAUAAUCUGACAAAGAUCCGUUUAGCCGCUGUCAACAUAAAGGCCAUUCAGGAACUUUACAGCCCCAAAAGGCUCUUUGAGCGGAAUGAAGCCACCAGCGAGGAUGACGCAUUGAGGGUACGUCUGACCUUAAUGGAAUACGGCGAUCUUGGUUUAGUGGCUAAGCCAAGCGACGAUGCAAAGCAAACAGCUAACUUGGAUCCUAUGGAGCUUGAGCUUGAGCAACAAUUACGACAAUUGUCAGUAGCAAACGGAGCAGUUUCAGUUGCCCAAAAGCGAAUCGAUCUCGAUCCCAAUGCCAGGAGUGCGUUGCAACAGCAUUAUGCGGAAUUCAAGCUGGAAAUGGAGACAGACGCACAAGAGCUCAAAUCACAGAAUCAGCAAAAACGCUUGGAGGCUGCAAAAAUCGCUUUGGAGCAUAAGAUUAAACGCUAUAGUAAGGAAAAUGAGCAAUUAGAAUCAACGGUUGAAGCACAGAAGCAGGAAACAACUCAGGAAGUUGAAAAACUGGAAAAACUCAAAGCUGAACUUGAAGCAUAUAAGCAAACCGAAGCGAAUGCAGAUCCUGCUUUAUUGGACAAGGUCCGUGGAUUACUGCAGCAGCAUGACGAGCUGAAGAAGAGUGAAGGAGAGUUCAAGGAAAGUUGCCGAACAGAUUUAGCCAAUCUACAGCAGCAAAUCGACGAAUUGGAAUCUUUCAAUGCACAAGAUGUUGAGGCACAAGCAGCUGCUAUAGCCAAGGAGCAGCAGCGACUGCAGGAACUGCGUUUGCAUUUGGCCAAGCGUAAUCGAGGAAUUGUGGCCAUAGAGCGUAAGCUGGAUGCCAUUCCCGACCGAACCGAGUUGGCGCAGUAUCAGCGACGAUUCCACGAACUGCACAACGAGAUGAGUGCCAAGCAUCUCGAAACUAAGCAAUAUUAUACACUGUACAACACACUCAACGACAAGAAGCGCUAUCUGGAGAAAGAGCUGUCACUGCUCAACUCUAUUUGCGAGGCAUACAACGAGGGCAUGCUCAGUCCACAUGGCCGUGAGGAUUUCAUACGUCAGUUUGAAACAAUUGUCGAUGGCGUCAAGAGUGCUCAGGACAAGGUGCGACACAAAUACAACGAGGAGCGCAUGCGACGUGAUGAACUCAACGAGGAAUUACUCGGUUUGCUCGAAUUACAGCGGCAAUAUGCGGCGGCCAUUAAGCAACUCACUCGGGAGUGCCAACGUUGCGAACAGCUGCAGCAGCAUCUCAAGUCAAUUCAAAAGCAAACACAAUAAAACAAUCCAUAGCUGUAGUGUUGAUUCAUAUUAUUAAAUCUAUUAAUUAUGCUUAAA